CGACUAAAAAAAGUAGCUCACUUAGGGUCAAAUGGGCGAACUUGUAUUCUUAAAAUGACCCUACCUAUACACCCACGAAGUUUGUCUAACCUUCCGCCGAACACCAUGCCUUAGGAAACAUUAUCCUUAAAAACAGGCAGUACAUGUUUAAGCGAGGUUUACAUGUCUCUUUGUAUGAUGGAAACACUUGUAUACUUACUUAUAAAUAUAAAUGAUAUCGUUUCUCAGUAGAACUCCCAUUCGAUUAGUACGUUACUAAUUAACUUAAAUCGUACUUAGAGCUGGUCUCGCAUUACUUCUAAUCCGAAUCCGUCAAAAUACGGAUCUAGAGAAAUAACUAGCUAACUCUAGAAAAGACGGAAAUGUAAUCUAGUGUGUUCAGUGUACGCUACCGUACAGAAAUUGUUCUGUGACUACUCUGGCUGGACCUUAUUUUCAUGGAUACGGAUCGGAUGUAAUGCGAAAUAGCUCUUAUAGUGAAUAUCUUAGAUUUCUGUACAAGGGGUCAUUUUGCGAGAUCUUGUGCCUUAGUGCAGCGAGGAGUGCGCUGAACACGUAGUAUAUUACUAACUAAAGUCGGCUGUACUGCCGCCUAGCCUGUACGAGUAUUGUGUUGUUUUAAGAUCGUACGUGUACAUUUGGCCAUAAUCAACCACAUAAAAGUAAUAUUGCGAGAUUGGUUGUCUUGGUAGUACAUAUUGAUUUAAUUAUUAUGUGUGUAAAUCAAAUUAAAUUAAUUGUUAUUCAUUUAAAAACUAAAGACUACCGACAAAUUAUAUGAAAUGGUUUUAUGAUUGUGAUCUUUUUAAAAUAAACUAAAAAUUCAUACUACAUAUUUAUUUUUCUCUUAACUCAACACUUUUAUAACUUUCAGUAAAUGCAUGUGCUUAUCGCAGGACAAUAGAUUAUGCAUAUUUCAAUUAUUCAAUCGUCGUAUAUUUAAAACAAGAAUAAAAUUGACAUUUUUUCCAUUCUGAAUUACUGUUGCACAAUUUGACUUAAACAAUCAAUACAACGCAAGUUAUGUAAAAGCUUGUAAAAACGAAUAACUAAGUACCUACCUAAUUAUCCCGUCAAAUAAAUCGGACUGGAACCUAUAAACGACAAGCAUUUAAUUUCAACUUAUUUAAGCGUGACUUUGUCUUAACACGUGUAUGAUGGCACGCUACUCGUUUCGUGAUCGUUUCAUCGAUUUAAAAUCCUUAAUAAUUAUUUCAAGGAUUAUAUAACACGGUAUGAUUAUUUUGAAUACAUAAAUGCCACGGAACGGCUAAAGAAAAAGCUACUAUGGCUGAAAAGAUAAGAAGCCAGUGCUGUUAUUUAUUUCGAAGAUUAUAUUAAAAAGCUGAAACGUCUGACAGUUCAAUUUUGGCGCGCGCGCACCUUUUGGUUCCCAUUUGGUUUUUAGCUGUCGCUGUUUAUAGACGAGGAGCUUUAAAAAUAUUUUUACAUCGAUAACUCGAAGAUAAUUUCGGAUCUGUUUUUAAUAAUGGGAAAAAUAAUAAUAAAUUUUAUCCUCUUCAUAUUUAUCGCCGGUUGCUCGGCUAACUUUAUGAGACUGCCGCUGUUCCGGUUCCCCAGCAUACGGCGGCUCAUGCACGAGGCGGGGCUGGACCUGGGCCUGCUAAACGCGCGCGCCGACGACCUCACGCCCGUCCGCCUCUCCAACUACCUCGAUGCGCAAUACUACGGGCCCAUCACGAUCGGCUCGCCGCCGCAGACGUUCCGAGUGCUGUUCGACACCGGCUCGUCCGACCUGUGGGUGCCGUCCAAGAAAUGCCACUACUCCAACCUUGCCUGCCUUCUGCACAGGAAGUACGACAGCAAGAAGUCGCACACGCACCGCUCCAACGGCUCGGAGUUCGCCAUCCACUACGGCUCCGGCAGCCUCUCCGGCUUCCUGUCCACCGACGACGUCACCGUGCAGGGUCUGCGCGUGGCGCGGCAGACGUUCGCGGAGGCGCUGCGCCAGCCGUCCGUGGCCUUCGUCUCCGCCAAGUUCGACGGCAUCCUCGGCAUGGCCUUCGCUAGCUUGUCCGCGAACGGCUUGACGCCCGUGUUCGAAAAUAUGGUGAACCAGGACCUGGUCAAACCUGUGUUCUCUUUCUAUCUCAACAGGGACCAAACCGCGAAAGAGGGCGGAGAGCUCAUCCUGGGCGGCUCGGACCCGGCGCGCUUCCGCGGCCCCAUGCACUACGUGCCGCUGUCGCGCGCCUACUACUGGCAGCUGGCCGUGGACGCCAUCCGCGUCGGGCACCACGCCUUCUGCGUCGACGGCUGCCAGGCGAUCGUGGACACGGGCACGUCGCUGGUGAGCGGGCCGGCGGAGGAGGUGGCGCGGCUGCAGGCGGCGCUGGGCGCGCGGCGCGCCGGCCGCAGCCACUACGAGCUGGACUGCGGCGCCCUGCGCGCGCUGCCGCCCGUCACCCUCACGCUCGCCGGCCGCCGCUUCACGCUGGAGCCCAAGGACUACGUCAUCGUGAUGGACGGCCGGUCCGAUGAGCCCACGUGCCUGUCGGGCUUCAUGGGGCUGGACGUCCCGCCGCCCAACGGGCCGCUGUGGAUCCUGGGCGACGUGUUCAUCGGCAAGUACUACACCGAGUUCGAUUUUGGCAACAAGCGCAUCGGAUUUGCCCCCGCCGUCAACGGCGGCUCCGAAGAAGAGACAGGCAACACGGAGGACGAAUCACAAGAAACGGAUCAAGACUCUUCAACGAGUGAAGAAAUAUAGGCUUUUCAUUACAUAUAAGUCUAUUUUUUUACGGGUCAUCAUCACACCUAACCAACCAUAUACUAUGUAAUUAAGUAUGACUUAUUCAUGUUUCCUUGAUCAACCAUCAACUAGGCCUAACUAGGCUAACUAACCCGAAUUAGGCUCAACCACAGAAUAGUAAUUGGCUUAUUCUACUAUUCCCCG